AGUGGGCCGAGAGAGGUGACGUUGUGACUAGAGGAGGGGAGACAGAAAGAGAAAGAGAGAGAAGAGAGGGAGAGAGAAGGGAGAGAGAGAGGAGAGGGAGGUACGGGCAACAGAACAACACGAGGAAACAGGAACAGAAAGUGAAGAUUUGUGUCAAGAUCUGGCUUUUGUGAACAGAGCUGUACAGAACUGGAUGCCAAAAGUGCAACAACUAUGAGCUACUGGAGACAGCUGACCUACUGAAAGGUGACACGCCCAACGAGUGAAGAGGAUUAAACCAAAGCAAAAGGCCAAAAAGGAAAAAAAUAAAAAACUUAGAAGGACGACGCGCGCAAAUGUGAGAGGAAUGCAUAAGCAGCACCACAAACUUUUCAGUGACUGCCUUGAGAUAAGAAUUGUCAUAACGGAUUUCAGAGUUCCAAAGUUAUAAGCAGUGCUAUUGGGCUGGGAGUUUGACAGACAUUUUAAGGAAAGCUUGCAGCAAUUCUUGUCUUGAGUAAACAAACUGUGGCAUCUGAGAAGGGAACAUGAAAGCUAACUAAUGCCACCAAAAUGUCUGGCUGCGUUAAUUAGCCCUUUCUUAAUUACUUUGGUGUCAGAAUACUUUCACUUGCGGUCUCCUGAACCUUGAAGGAUUUGCCUAAACUUUUCCAGACUUUUCAAACUCAAAAAUGGACAAAGUGGAGGAGUUUUUCAAGCAGUUGUGGAGCUUUGUGACGGACAAACACAACCAGGGCACCUUUAACACUGUGUGCCUGGUGGUCCUGCUCACCUUGCCCCUCCUCAUCAUCAUCACCACCUUCAUCGUGUGCUGCCACUGUUGCUGCUGUCGCCAUGCCGACGGAUGCUGCCUCUGCUGUUGUCGGGACUCCAUGGCAACGGCGAGGUCAGAGACAAAAAAGAAGAAAACCUCGACAAACCCGGAUGACCUGUGGAUUUCAGUAAAACCUGGGGCAAUGACGGCGGAUAGAGUCGCACUGGGAAUGGUGUGAGAACAUGGAAGAUUGUUUGACAGUGUAAUAAUUCAUUUGUAUUCACAGUGCGGUAUGUUUUGUGGCAGUGUUUACAAUAUUUUAUGUAUUCAGCGUAUGGUACAUGAGGAAUUCGCUGACACAAGCAGAAACAUGUCAGUGAGAAUGUGUGAGUGUGUGACAGGGCUGCUCUCAUGGGAAGAAAAAGAUGGUCUGAAGAAAAAGGGAUUUACUGUGUGGUAUGGUGGGCCCAAAUGUACUGGUCUGGACAGGCUAGAUCAGAACAGUCACUCAAAAUAAUAAAUUAUAGGGAUGUAACAAUACCAGAAAUAUCGUGAUAUCGUAUCAUCAAAGUUCUCAUAGUAAUAUCGUGAGUGUGUGUAUCUUGAGAUGUAUAUCGUGAAACCUGAGAUUUGGAUAUUGUUACAUCCCUAAUCAUGAGCUUUCCCACGAUAUCGCAAUAAAUAUCGUACCGUGAGGUUCAUGCUGUGACGAUAUCGUAUCUUGAGACUUGGAUAUCAUUACACCCCUAAUAAAUUAGAUUAAAUGUACAGGAUUUUAUUUUUAUUUUCACACAUAACUACAAAGAAUACACAGCAAAAACUGGAGGGUUAAAUUUCAGGAUAAAAUAUUUCAGAGUUGUUUUUAACACAAAAAGUGUUAUUUUAACUAUUUCAAGGUUAAAUGGGGGUUUGAGUUGGGAUUAUUUGCCAGAGUUGAUAUGACUGAAGUUACUGCAACUUCCCCUAGUGUUAAUUUGACUCCUCCCACCCACCACUUCAAACUCCUGUGAGAGAAGACCAGUUUGAACCAGUUUUGUACAUAAUUUCAUUGUAAAUUAACUAAAAUAAAGUGUAAAAAUAAAGCACCUCUGUGUGUUGUUUAGCUAAAUCAGGAUAACUCUACAAAGUGUUAUCCAUUUACUCUCAAAGCAUUAAUAUAACUCUUGAUUUUGGCGGUUAAACAGGAUCUUUGGUCCAGUGUUACUUCAUUAACAUUUCCAAAAAUGUUAAAUUAACUCUAGAACAGAUUGGACUCAUAUAAACCCUGAGAAAAUGUUAAAAUUUAUUCUGUGAGAGUCAAUUUUAACACUUCACUUUUUUGCUGUGUACAAACUAUAAUAGUAAAAUCUUCAGAUCAAAGUAUGAGGAACUGAAUGUAAUAGCAAAAUUUUCACACAGUUGUUUGACAUAUAGAGGAAUUUUCUAAUGAGACAUUAAUCAAAUCUUUCUAUUGGUUUCAAAAUUAUGAACAUUUAGGACUGUUGCCAUACCAAUUAACAGUUUCAAACUAACUAUUAUUCCUUUUGAAUGCUGAGAAGUCCUCAUAAUCUUGUCUAUAAACAGAAACAUGAAAUCCAUGAAUAGACAUUUCAGUAAUUAUUUUAUUUGUCUAAAAUGUGGAUAGAAAAUUGGACACUUUUAAUCUAAUCAUGGUGGUUGCAUUCUGUCUAUUUUUUAUAUUAAAUGGUCAUUUUAUGGACAAGUUAGUCAUCAUUUUCUUUUAGGCUUAUAUUUGAGACUAUUUGAAUUGAAUAGCUCGACUGUAGCUGAUGACUGCAGCCCUGGAGUGAAUGUGAGCUCUGAGUGGAAGAAGUCUGCAGAGCCAUUUGUUCCUGGGGGCUCUUGUGUGAAACUGGCUUUGUGUUGGAGGAGAGUUAUUUAAGGACAAUCCAGAUGUGAGUAGACUGUAAGACUGCUACACUCCACAUCACUGCUGAUCGACUGACAAGGAUUCAAGUCACAGCUUCACACCAAGAACAAAAGGCAAGAUACAACCAACUUUUGGAUAUUUCUUUUCGACUUACAUGGGCAAAAGCACACGCUGGCUUGUUCACUUGAGCUGUAUUUAGGUUAUGCUGGUGCUGCUAUGACAAUAUGCAAAUAGAGAGAUUCCUAUUAAUUAAUAUGGUUGAGUACGGUGGCCCCCACAGCCCAAAACAAGAUAACUAAGACUUUAAAGGGCCCACAUUACACUAUUUUCUGAUCUAUGUUAUAAUGUUGUUUCCUCAUCAAAAACAUACCUAGAGUUGUGUUUAGUUUCAUUGAUACAUGUUUAACACACAAACUCUGCAGAUCUGGGCUGAGUUUUUCUCUUGAAUCUCGCUUUGUGCCACCUUGUGAUGUCAUGUGGUAACACAAGAAGCGCUCCACUGUGUUUUUAAACUCCAUUUCACACUCACUAGAAUCAUUUGGAUAAUUUCAGCCCUGGAAUUGUUGAUCUCUACUAGACUACCAUAAUAAAGGAUUCCUCAAACAUGUGAAUGAAACAAAACACAACACAAACACAACUGUUUUUUUGAGGUAACAACAUUAUAAGAUAAAAAAAAAGCUCAUAAGAAUCAAUUUUGUGUAAUAUAGGAUGCUUAAAAAUAACCUUCCAUGUUGUGUAAUCAUAAUUAUAUGGGCGUAACUUUUGAUUUCAUUAGUUGUUUUUGAUUAGAAGCAAUUAGUGACAUUAAUCACUCCACAAAAUGUAUUGUAUUAAAUUAUUCAAAUCAGGAUUGCCUGUGCCACCAGUCUCAAUCUAAACUUGUGGGGAGCAUUGCAAAUGAUCUAUCCAUUUUUUGUUUUUUUCCAAACUUUUUCUUGUGCAAUAGAUUCUUUCAAAAUUGUAUCUAUGAUGCAGUUUCUCAGCAUUACAAUGAUUUCACAA